AUGGAAGAAGCCGUGACGGUAUUAACGGCGGCGGAAAACAGUGCUGUGGAAGCACUCCAAGCGAUGAGGUCCGUGGCACAGCAGACUGAGGAAGCAAAUCGGAAAGCUAGGGAAGCACAACAACACGCAUGGAACUUAAAGGUAACCGGAGCCCCUCUAAGUAAGGAUGAAAAGCUUGUGAGUGCCGCUGAGGAGACGGAGAGGAUGUUGAAGGAGACACUGGCCGCGGCUGACAAAGUGAUCAGUAAAUCUGAGGCGGCCAAUAAGGGCACAGAAGAUGCUUCCAAGGCAGCUGCACUAAUGGGGGAAUAUAUUGCAAAGGGAAUAAGUCUGGUGGAGGAGAAAGUCAAGGCGUACUCACCACCGCCGGAGAACAGCUCUUCCGAAGAGAGAGGUGGAGAAACGGUUACUGCUGAUAUGAAUGCGCCUGACAGCAAUCUCCCGGGAGCUGAUGCCACGGUCAUUAACGGAGAACAGUCUCCACCAGGUCCAUUGGAGAAGGACACAGCUGCAGAAUCCAUGAAGAGUGGCGACUCUCAAACUGCUGAAACGGAUGCUCCUGGCAGCACUGCAGACGUCACCCUGCGUGAUGUUUGGAGUGCGGACAGCAGCGUCAGUCCUUCGUGGGUGCGCACACCGUUGCUGCUGGUGGUGGGUGUGCUGGGCCUCCUGGCUGUGUGCUGA